AACCACACACGCGAUAGAAGUAACUGGUCAACACGCUGAAACGUAACACUCUUUGGGUGAAAACCAUAAUUGUUAUGGACUGGGAAGAUAUCUACCGCGUAUUAAAAGAUCAGCUCUUCUGUAGCAUGGAGCGGAUCGCGAAAGCGACGUCCCGAACUGUCCAAUGCAAACUAGCAAGGGAGCUGCCUCGUUACUUAAAUAAGAGUAGUCCCGAAGAAAACGAAGUUAUUAUGACCAACGAAGGAGCGUUCUGUGAUUAUGCGUCUCUGGUAACUCAGGAAGCGGUGAUGGCAGCGGCGGAGAUCAUGAGAUCCGAAUAUGAACACGUUGUGAAUAAUAUAUUCGUACAUUUCACAUCGAAAAGAUCUGCAUGUAAAGAGACAAUUGAUGAGUUGAAACAGCUGCUGGAAGCAUCCGGCAAAGAAAUGCAGUUAGUGCAGAUGCACGACAGCUGUAAAGAUGAGCCCCAAACUGGGUCCGGCACGAUCUGCAGCGGUCUGGUAAACACGGUAGGGGAUGCUGGAGAUCGUGGAGUGGAGAGCGGAUCUGAAGCGCAACAGUUCACGUCAGGCCCGGCGAGCGACACCGACAUCCAAGAGGAACAGGACCCGGCUUUAUCCGACUCUAAAAUUACAAGCAGUCAUUCUCCUUUAAUCGAUCCAUCAUCUGUCAGCAGCGACACACGGGGGUCAUUACAAAACCCUGAAGAAAUGGAAACAGACCAAAAGAACUGCAGAAGCGAAGAUAAAGGACCUUCUGAAGAGCCUUUCCAUGCUGUAGAGACAAUGGUUCAUGUUGGACUGAGCCACUCAGAACUGACAGCUGCAGACCAUAAUUCUUUGAAAGAUGAUGGAGCAGAACCACAACAGAUCUCUGUUUACACUAAGCAACAAGACACACAAUUAAACUUAACUGGUAAUUUAGACAAAGAAGUGAGGCCAAAAUCUCUUGAUGCUAAAGCAGGAGUCUUCUUUAACUUAAAAGACAAGGCUUUUGAAAGGGGUCUGUUUCCCAAUAUUAACGUGAAGUUAAUGAGAGAUUGUGUAGAUGGAGACCUAUCCAAUAUAAUUGCAUCUAAACAUAAAGGCCUUCCUGUCUCAACUCAACAAAACUGUGGGCCCAGUGGUGGAAAUGGUAUUGAUGAGCAUCAGAUCUGCACUGGAAGCACACAGCCUUCCACAAAUUUUAAAAUGCUUAACUUUAAGCUGAAAAGUCACACUGGGGAAGGCACUAACAGAUGUAGUGAAUGUGGGAAAAUGUUCUGCACCACUGCCACCCUUAAAAUACAUAAGACAAUUCACACAGGAGAAAAACCUUACGAAUGUGGCGACUGUGGAAAGACUUUCAGAUGGCCGGUAUCGUUAAAAAUACAUCAGAGAACUCACACUGGAGAAAAGCCGUAUGGUUGUGAUCAAUGUGGAAAGACUUUCAGGCAUUAUAACACUUUCAGGAAUCAUUCAAAGGUCCAUGCCAGAGAAGAACCAUAAGAAAGUACUGAAUGCACAAAGUCUUUCAGGCCUGAUA